AUUUUCCAUGUGGGGUCGAGUAUUAUUCAGAACCGGCCUGCUUCUCAUUCUUUCUCAAUUCACGUUUUAUUGGACACAAAAAAUUCCUGUUCAAAGUUAAUUACGACUAGAUAACAUUACAUUGACAUUAACAUUAACAAUUUCAACGACAGUUUGUCCCUUGUCCCGAGUUUUCUGACAGUUCGCGUAGCCAAUAUCGAAAUAGCAACACAGCAUCAGCAGACGCGCAGACAAAGGGGAAACAGAGACACGCACAGUGACUGCUGCUCGCUCGGUAUUGUCUAUAUAUUCACGCAUACAUACAAACACACCAUAGAAAGCUGAGUGAUUACGAAAAAAUAUCCACACAUUCGCGCCUUUAACAGCAGCUACGACAUUUUUACACGAAAUUGAAAGUAAGAAGAGCGCAAAAAUGACUUCGGACAUAACAAGGCAAUUAAUUGCUAUAUUGGAAAAGACCGUCUCACCAGACAAAAAUGAGCUGCUCUCGGCGAAAAACUAUCUGGAGCAGGCAGCCGCCAGCAAUCUGCCAGAAUUCCUCAAGGCUCUCUCAAAAAUCCUCGUGGAAACAACAAACAGUGCCGUGGCGCGCAUGGCAGCUGGUCUUCAAUUGAAAAAUCACCUAACGAGUAAGGAUGAAAAUAUCAGUCAACAGUAUCAGGAGAGAUGGCACCAGUUUCCCGAGGAGACCAGAGAGUUGAUCAAAAAUAAUAUACUUUCUGCCUUGGGCACAGAGAACACGCGACCCUCUUGUGCCGCCCAGUGUGUUGCUUAUGUGGCGGUAAUUGAGCUGCCCAUCAAUCGUUGGGGCAUUCUCAUCCAGACGCUGGUAAACAAAGUCGUCAGCGAAGGCUCCAGCGAAAUGCACCGAGAGGCGGCGCUUGAGGCUAUUGGUUACAUUUGUCAGGAUAUCCGUUAUGGUGUCCUCGAGAAUCAGUCCAAUCAGGUGCUAACGGCUAUCAUACACGGAAUGCGCAAGCAGGAGCCCAGCAACCAUGUGAGAUUGGCUGCUACAACAUCGCUGCACAACUCACUGGAGUUCACCAAGGCCAAUUUUGAGAAGGAAAUGGAGCGAAACUUCAUCAUGGAGGUGGUGUGCGAGGCGACGCAGUGCACCGACACACAGAUUUGUGUUGCUGCCUUGCAGUGUUUGGUGAAGAUCAUGUCGCUCUACUAUCAAUUCAUGGAGCCAUACAUGGCACAGGCACUCUUCCCCAUUACACUGGAGGCCAUGAAGUCGGACAAUGACGCCAUUGCCCUGCAGGGCAUUGAGUUCUGGUCGAACGUGAGCGAUGAGGAAAUCGAUCUGUCCAUCGAGAGUCAGGAGGCAACCGAUCUAGGCAGGCCGCCGCCACGUGCCUCCAAGCAUUAUGCACGUGGUGCUCUCCAGUUCUUGACGCCGGUGCUAGUUGAGAAGUUAACCAAACAGGACGAGUGCGACGACGAAGACAGCUGGAGUCCGUCGAAAGCGUCCUCCGUGUGCCUAAUGUUGUUGGCCACCUGCUGCGAGGACGAAAUCGUGCCGCAUGUCUUGCCAUUCAUCAAGGAUAACAUUGAGUCACCCAAUUGGCGCUAUCGCGAUGCUGCCGUCAUGACAUUCGGUUCUGUGCUCAAUGGCCUGGAAGCCAACACGCUCAAGCCUCUUGUUGAGCAGGCAAUGCCAACCCUAAUUCGACUCAUGUACGAUUCUAGCGUCAUCGUGCGCGACACCACGGCUUGGACCUUUGGACGUAUAUGCGAUAUCAUCCCGGAAGCCGCAAUCAACAAGACAUAUUUGCAAACAUUGCUCGAGUGCUUCGUGAAAAGUCUAAAGUCGGAACCGCGUGUGGCGGCAAACGUAUGCUGGGCCUUCAUCGGCUUGUCGGACGCCGCCUAUGAGGCUGCCAUUGUCAGCGAGGGAGAAACACCGGUGACCUAUGCCCUGUCGCCCUACUUUGAAUUCAUUAUCACACAACUGUUGGAGACCACCGAUCGGUCGGACGGUGCUCAGGCCAAUUUGCGUAGCGCUGCCUAUGAGGCGUUGAUGGACAUGAUCAAGAAUUCACCGCUGGAUUGCUAUCUGGUUGUGCAGCGCACAACAAUUGUCAUCUUGGAGCGUCUGAAUCAGGUCAUGCAGAUGGAGUCGCAUAUUAGCAACCACAGCGAUCGCCAUCAGUUCAAUGACUUGCAGUCGCUGCUCUGCGCCACACUCCAAAGUGUGCUGCGUAAGGUGCGCGAGGAGGAUGCUCCGCAGAUUUCGGACGCCAUCAUGACCGCUCUUCUGACCAUGUUUAGCUCCAGUGCCGGAAAGUCGGGCGGCGUUCAAGAGGACGCGUUCUUGGCCGUCUCUACGCUGGUCGAGCUACUUGGCUUUCAAUUUGUCAAAUACAUGCCGGCCUUUAAAGAUUUUCUAAUAAUGGGUCUCAAGAAUCAUCAGGAGUACCAGGUUUGCUGUGCCUCCGUUGGACUCACUGGCGACAUUUGCCGCGCCCUCAAACAUUUGAUGGUGCCCUACUGCGAUGAGAUUAUGUCCGUACUAAUGAACGAUCUUGCUGAACCGAAUCUUCAUCGCAGUGUUAAGCCGCAAAUACUGUCCGCCUUUGGCGAUAUGGCGCUAAGCAUUGGCAGCGAGUUUCUGAAAUAUUUAAAUGUCGUUCUGGACAUGUUGCGUGCUGCCUCCAAUUUGCAGGUGGAUAACUCUAGUUUCGACAUGAGCGAAUACAUCAAUGAGCUGCGCGAGAGUGUUUUGGAGGCCUACACCGGGAUCAUUCAGGGUCUCAAGGGAGUCGAUCAGACUGCCAAUCAGGAUGUAUUCCACAUGGAGCCCCAUCUGUUGCACAUUAUUAACUUCAUAAAGCGCAUUGCGCAAGAGGGUGAGGUCUCCGACUCGAUGAUGGCCAGUGCAGCGGGCUUCAUCGGUGAUUUGUGCACCUCGUUCGGACCACGUCUCUAUCCAUUGCUGGAUGAUGUGAUCAUUACACAAUUCCUCGCCGAGGGUAAGCGCUCCAAAGGUCAGCGCACCAAAAUGCUAUGCACAUGGGCAGCCAAGGAGAUCAAGAAGAUGAACAGCCAGGUCAUUGCCCAGUAAAUUGGGAUCCCAUUUUAGUUAUGUAUGUUCGCAGCCAAACUGUUCAGUCCGAAUUCGAAAAUUCUAUCUGCUGUUUGUUUGUCCGAUUUAUUGUUGCUGUGCGACGCCUAAAAUUUAAGACAAUUUUGUUUAUACAUUUCAUUGUAAGCCAAAUCCUGCUACGAUUAUGAUAUUUAUAUUGUUAUUUUUGUGUGAGCUUAUUAGUAAAUUUGAUAAUUCCUAAGAAGCGUAAUCAAAGUCCCCAUUACCAACUACAAAACAUUUUCUCUAUAAGCACUAUGACAACUUUAUCGCUUAAGCAGCCUGCUAUCACAACAAUUCCUGUUAUGACUAAUUAGAAACCGAUUUUAAUCAUUAUUUCACAAACAAAAGCAACAAAAAAAAACAUAAAAAAAACCUUUAAAAAAAAAAAAGCGCAGUUAUGUCUGUCUCUAUUGAGUUGUUAAUAUAAGUAAAAAGUCGGUAACAAUUUAUAAAAAUUACAUAAAUCCAACAAUACACAUAAAACUACUACAUUAAAUACACAGCAAUAUUGGAUAAAAUCGUCUUAUGGCUGCAACAUACUUCUUAAGGUUUACCCAAUGUAACAUCUUCCAUAACAAACAAAAACAAAGAUGAAAAAUAAGAACCGAAGCAGGUUCUGCUGU